AUGCGUAAGGUACCCGGUAUGUGUCAACCUAAUGUGAAACUUCCGGCAGCGGCCAUCCGCAGAUGCGAAGAGACGCAACGAUGUGUGCAAAUUUCACUGUGCGGUCAGUAUCUUCACUACGUCCACGAGCCACCGAAGAACUGGCCCCCGAGUGUGCGCCAGGCAGCCCUCGAGCGGCUUUGUGAUACUCAAGUGUCCGUCAAUGGUUCUAAGAUUUAUUACAUCUGUUGCGAGACGGGAGAAGUCAUCUGCGGCGUAUCGCGGGUGCAGCUGAUUGCCUUCGGACAACAGGCCAGAGCAUAUGCGUUCCCGUGGAUGGUGCUGCUUGAGUCAACCGUCAGCGAAGAGCUUCCCUGCGGUGGCAGUCUUAUUAACGAUCGCCACGUCCUGACGGCGGCACACUGCGUGAAGGCGCGCCAGAUUGUCGGUAUACGCGUGGGGGUGCAUGAUCUCAAUCUCGAUCGGUACUGUGACGAUGAGCGUGUCAGCUUCAAAACUGAUGACUACAGCGACGAGAAGGACCCGAACGGCGGCACGGACGGUGGGGACAAGACCGAAGAUGACUACUUCAGCAGCUGUGGGCCACCGACUCAGCGCAUUCCCGUCGAAACGAUAAGCAUCCAUCCCAAGUAUAGUCCACGGUCGAAGCGCAACGACUUGGCGAUCGUUCGGCUACAGUAUCCUGCCGUCAUCGGGUACAGCGUUAUUCCGAUCUGCCUCCCGGUGACUAACGAACUGCGAGCAUACCGCCCAUCGGACUCUUUCGUGACCGGCUGGGGCCUAACGGAAGAGGGUGAACGGUCCGCUGUGCUGCGCUACGCUAUCUUACCGACCGUGCCCGCGCCGGAUUGUGCCUUGAUCAUCAAGGAACUUGAUCGAAUGAUUGUGCUGGACGACGAAGGGCACUUGUGUGCGGGGGGAAAUAGCAAAGCGGCCCACUGCCACGGCGAUUCCGGUGGCCCGUUGCAGUACAUUUCCGGCUCGCGGCACUUCGUGCUGCAGGGUGUGGUAUCGUUCGGCUUGAAUACGUGUGGCACCAAGGUGGCACCGGGCGUGUUUGCUAAUGUUAGCAACUUUAUCGACUGGAUCGUGGAGGAAGGCAGAGUGGAGUUGUGA